UUGUUCUAUUUUGCAUUGUAUUUUAUUUGUUUGAAAGCAAAUCAUGGUCGUUUGCGGAAACAUUUUGGCCAGGAACAACUUUGGGCACUUUGUUCUUGCGUGUGCUCAAAAAAAUGACUGCUACGUGGAGAUGGAGUUGGAGAGGUGGCGUGAGUUUAUCGUUCACGUCAAGGAGCACCUGGAAGCAAAUCCAAACACGCAGCCAGAGCUCACUGCUUCCGGAGUCAUUUCGUCCGCCAAAUGCAAGGAGAAUGUAUUGCCAGCAAAGGUGUUCAUAGUGGAGGAGCUGCCGGAAAAUUGCCUGGCUGAAGAUAUGUUCGUUGACCUGCCAGCUUCCUCGGAGAACGACGAGAGCACCAGCCCGGAGGAGGACGACCAGGUGGACUCCCAUUCGAUGACAGUUGACAGCGAAAUCGACACCAAAAACUCCACAAAUUUUGCUCCUUUAUCCAAAUUCAAUCCCACGUUUUACCGACGUAGUCCACGGAUCACACAGUUUAUAGAACUGUACAAGCAGCAAACAUGCCUCUGGGAUCCAGCGGAUGAAUCGUACAAGGACAAGGAGAAACGCACAGCUGCAUAUGAAGAGUUGCUGGUGCAAUUAAAGGCCACAGUCAACCUUCACCUAACGGCCUACAAGCUGAAGAAGUGCAUCACAAGCCUACACGAGCAAUAUGCGGCGAUUACGCGGCAGAAGAAAACCCAGAAAUUAACUAAGGUUCCACUGUACUACCAUGGAAAGUACAGCUUUCUUGCAGAGCGCGGUAGUUUGGAGGAUGCGGACAGCGAUGAUGACGACGGCGAUGGCAAGAUAAAGCUGGUGUUCACAGAGGAGAAUCAACUGACCACUCAGUUUAUCGACUUGUACUCCAAGUUUCCCCAGCUGUACGAUCCCGCGCACAAGGACUUUUGCAAUCUUAAUAUACGAAAAUCAUCGCUUUUAGAGAUCACUGACCUCCUGACUACGAAGUUUUCGUUCGGCCUGAUCACCCACUACGAUGUGUACGACAGUAUUCAGAGCAUGCGCCAAUGGUAUUCCCGACGGAUCAAAACCCUCACCGACGUCCAAUCGGUGGGUCUCUCGCUGGCCGAGAAGCAGUACAUUGAGCGAUGCAAGAGUUUUAUGUCCACCAAAACAUUCCGGCAAAAGCUAAAAUGUGAAGUUUGCGAGCAAGCCUUUAGCACAGAUCAUGCCCUGCAAGCCCAUCAGUUCCGUGAUCACAAGAUGGGUGAGGGAGGCUGGUUUCGUUGCACGCUUUGCGAGCUGAACUUCGACCGAAGGUGCCACCUGCAGCAGCACAUCCAGCGUGUGCACAUGGACAAGAACUUUGUCUGCGAUAUCUGCAGCAGAAGUUUUGCCUUUGGCAAUCAACUGGCUAUACACAAACGCACCCAUGACGAGAAGCACGUCGCGAAGCCCUUUGUUUGUGAGUUCUGCGGCAAGUGCUUUAAGCAAAAAAUCCAAAUGACCACCCACGUAACUGCGGUUCACACCAAAGUCCGAGCCUUCAAGUGCGACAUGUGCCCCAAGGACUUCCUCACUAAGCGCGACCUUAAGGACCACGUAAAAGCGCACCUGAACAUCCGCGACAAGGUCUGCGAGGUCUGUCAGAAGGCCUUCACCAAUGCCAACGCCUUAGUCAAGCACCGCCACAUCCACAAGGAGAAGACUCUGCAAUGCUCGCUGUGCACGACGCGCUUCUCGGAGCGAGUUAGUCUGGGCGUACACAUGCGGCGCACGCACAAGAUUAUCAAGAGCUCCCUGUCGACAAGCGAAGCGUUGUUUACACACACAUUCCCCCAGCCUUAAGACGUUUUUAAACAAUAACAAAUAUUUACAUAUGUAUGUUAAUACUUAGAAAAUAUGACUAUAGUGCCAAAAAAAACUGUCCAUUUUUUAAUAUUCA